ACUGGCUUUGUCUGUAGUCGGCUCGUUUCUUCUGUAUCUACACCUUUCAUUGUGUAGUAUUUAAUAUUUCAGAAGGUCUACCGCACACACACAGACCAGAUAUGCCGACACGAACACUCGCUCUAAAAGCAACAGAGUCUUCGGCAGAGAUAUCUCGUUCUAGCAAUCGAGUUCCACUGGAGGCUUUACAAAUGUUGACGCAAAGUGUCUCAAAGUGUAAUCAAGAGUAUAUCCAACCACUUCCAUUCAAGGAUGAAGACCAAAAGAAAUCUCCUUUGGCCCUGCUAGCGGCGACUUGUAGCAGCAUUGGCAAAACCGAGCCAUCAAAGGAAACAGCAGAAGAUAACGCAUCUCGAGACCGAAAGAUAAGCGACGACGAAACCAGAUCUUCCUUCAAACCGUACAAACACACCGCCGGCGAAAAAGUCGACGACAUGAACAACGAAAAGGCAGGUUUUCGAGCUCCGAGUAAGGAAAAUAAUACCUCUCUUUCGCCUGUUACGAGCGGCAAAGAGGAACGAGUGAAAAGUACAUCGCUUCAGUACCCGUCGAGCGAUGACAGCCAAUGUGGAAACCACUCCGCGUCUCAAAAUAGGGUUUGUGGUAUGUUUCUUGAUCCAAGCCAACAGGCCUUUGGCGUUCAUUCAUUGCACAAAGACUACGGUGCUGGUUGUGUCCAUCCAGCAUCAAUUUUGCCGUUCAAGACCGGAACUAUACAACCUUAUCCCAUGCCAACAGGGCAAGAUCCAGUCUCUCCUAGUCUUAAAACCCAUGGUUUGGCAUCGUCUAUGCCGCUCAAUUUCCCGACUAGUUUUCCUCAAUGUGGCUGUGGCUAUUGCUCUCCGCACCCUGGGGACGCAUCCCCAGCGCUGAGCAGCAUCGGUGCUGGACGACACCAGUUCCAACUACAUAGCCCGGGAAGCACACCUUACAUGGACUAUCUUCAAAGAACUGUGUGCCGUGAUGUGAAUUGUACGAACUGUAAACCGCAGUUUUCGCCGUAUGCAUUUCCAAGUUCUAUGCCACAGUGUGGACCCCACUGUACGCAGUGCGACAAUGUCAAAACAGAGCAAAACCUACAAUCGUCUUUUUCAUGUUUUGGAUACCCACAUAGCAUGGCCCUGUACAAACCUGGUACAACGGACGAGGCCUCCCCGUACGUCUGUAACUGGGUGGCGGGGAGCAAACACUGUGGAAAAUCGUUCACAACCUCGGAAGAUUUAUUUCAACAUCUGCGAACCCACACUCAGGCUAGUACGCAAGGAAGUUCACCAUAUGCACAAACGAAUUGUAACAUUCACGGAUGUCCAUGCAAGUUAAGAACAAGUCCAUUACAGUCGAACCUACAUUCCGCGAGAUAUCGACCCUAUUAUUAUAAGCCACCGGUAUUUCCACCGGCCCCCACAAGUUGCUAUUCACCGUAUCCACUACAUGCUUACGAAGCGCACAGACUUUUCAAAUGAACGAUGAAGAAAAAUAGCUGGCUAGUUUGGAAAUUAUGCAUUUGAAACUUGUAAAAAAAGUACGUUCUUUAUUUGUGUGAAGUCAAUGACGAGUGCUUGUAUGAAUUUGGAGUUAGCGGAAACUGUUCUGGUGAUUCUAGUGAUUUUUAAACAAAGGCGAAACAGAGCACUCGAGAUGCUAACUGUUGUAUAUGAGGAAAUAUGGAUGGUUUGGGUGUUAAUAAGGAUAUAUUUUCCCGUAUUCUUUCGCGGAUAUUAUUGUUGGUUUAAUGGGAGAAUAAUUCUAGCACUUAGAAUAAAAAGCUCAAUGGUUUCGGCGACAACCAUUCGGCGCGCAAGUGUAAAGUUUGUAAGAUAAAGGGAAAUGCGUGUACUCAAUGAAUAAAACAUGUUAU